AUGCAGGCUUUUGUGGGCACCUUUACUGCCGCACGAGGCGGCUUCGUUUCUGCAAGGCGUGACGCGUUCCUGUGCGGUGCGGGACAGGUGCGCCCCGCAGCGCCGGUCGUACAGGCCGCGCCUCAGACCCUUGUCAUGUCCGGGAAGACGACGGCGCUUCGUGGUAGAAUCCGCACGAUAAAAAACACCCAGAAAAUCACAGAAGCAAUGCGCUUGGUGGCUGCUGCGAAGGUGCGACGCGCACAAGAUGCUGUUUUGAGGACGCGUCCAUUCUCAGAUACACUGCAGAAGGUGCUCGGUGGCCUGCUCAGCCGCUUGAACUCUACGGAAUACUUCGACCUGCCUUUGCUGAAGCAACGCGAAACAAAAAAGGUUCUGCUGGUAGCCAUCAGCGGCGAUCGCGGUCUCUGUGGCAGCUACAACUCGAGCAUUCUCCGCAAGCUUCAGCUACGUAUCAAUGAACUCAAGGCGCAGAGCCUCGAGGUUGAGCUGGUCACGGUUGGAAGCAAGGUGACGCAGUGGGCACGUCGCCGAAACUACAAGAUUCGACGCUCAUUUUUAUGUACGCAGCAGCCGACGUCAUCCCAGGCGACGGAGAUAGCGGAUGUUUUGCUGGCGGCGUAUCUGGGCGACGAUGUGCAGCGGGUGGAGUUGCUCUACACGCGUUUCGUGUCAUUGAUCAGUUCCAAGCCCAGUAUUCGGACAAUGUUACCGCUAACUCCAGUAGGUCUGGAAAUGGAAGGUGAUGAGAUCUUCCAGCUGACAACCGAGGAGGGCAAGUUCGCUGUCAAACGUUCGUUCCAGAAGCCGUCGCCCGAAGCGAUCGAGAUUACGCCUGACAUGAUCUUCGAGCAGGAUCCGCUGCAGCUGCUCAACGCGCUACUGCCGCUGUACUUCAAUGGGCAGCUCCUGCGAACGCUCCAGGAAUCUGUGGCGGGAGAGCUUGCAGCGCGCAUGUCGGCCAUGUCGAGCGCCAGCGACAACGCCAAAGAACUCGCUCGCAAGCUCAACAUCGAGUUCAACCGCGCACGGCAGUCCGCGAUCACAUCGGAACUUGCGGAGAUUGUUGGCGGUGCUGCGGCCCUGGAGGGUUAA